AUGGACUGGCUAAGAGGUCGCCUGAAUACACCCUCGGAACACCGUCUCCCUGUUCGAGCAGUCGUAUCGUACAUCAUCGACUAUUUGAUAAUCAUAAUUCUAGCCGUCAUCUAUGGCUUUCUCGACAAGCUCGUCACGCCUUUCGCCCAGCACUUCUCUCUGAACAACAUCUACAUUCAGUAUCCCUACGCCAUUCACGAAAGAGUACCCAUACAGCUCGCCCUCAUCAUUUCGGGCCUCUUCCCAGCUGUGGUCAUUGCCGUCUACAGCCUCUUCAUCGACGGCCUCUUUUCUCAUUACCGUGGCACCACCCGCAAGCGGUCCAGAUACAGCUUCAGCGAUCGACUAUGGGAGCUCCACUGUGGCUGGCUAGGCCUCCUCCUGGCCCAAGGAGCCGCCUUCGUCAUCACUGGCACUCUCAAGAAUCUCUGUGGCAGGCCCCGUCCUGACCUCAUUGACCGAUGCCAACCAGGACCUGGUUCGGCUGACGGUGUGCCAUAUGGUCUUGUCACUAAGGCGAUAUGCACGCAGACAGAUGCUGCAAUUAUGCAGGAUGGGUUCCGAUCCUUUCCCUCCGGCCACUCUUCAUCAUCAUUUGCGGGGCUGUUUUACCUAUCGCUAUAUCUGGCAGCCAAACUACACGUUCUCGACCAAAAGGGCGAGGUUUGGCGCACCUGCAUCGUCCUCGUCCCUACCUUGGCCGCCUCGUGCAUUGCGAUGUCACGUAUUAUGGACGCCCGCCACCAUCCAUUUGAUGUCCUCUUCGGUUCAGCUCUCGGCAUCCUAUGCGCGUGGGGAUCUUACCGCCAGUACUUCCCACCCGUCAGUCAUGUGUGGGAGAAAGGACGGGCAUACCCGAUGAGGAUCUGGGGCACGCCUGUCAGACGACCCGUGCCUGGCAAAGUCCUGAUUGACAGUGACACACUUGAGGUUCUGCAUGAUAGAGUUCCCGCAGAUAUCAACCAAACAUCUAGCUAUGAAAUGACAGGCAGAAAUCUGCAGACUCGCGCGCCCAGGCAGGACUUUCAGUCACACUCUAUCACGCCGUCACUUGACAUGGAUGUGGAAGCAGGCUAUCAACUGGGUCAACAACCACCUGGCCCUCUCCAGCAUACUGACAAUGCAUUCCGACAGCAGAUGGAGCAGAAUCGCCGUACUAGAGCAGGAUAUGCAGGCUCCAGUCCCGAACCUGAAGCCGGCGGAACUGACGAUGAAGAUGAAUUCGCGUCGAGGAAGCCACUGCAGCCGUCUGGUUUGGGUGGUUGA